AGCCGAAGACUGCGACGCCUUCCUCCCUCUUCUCCUCCUCUUUGGUGCCUUCGGCCAGGAGGCGGGAGUGACCCACAGCAGCUGACCCAGCGCAGGCACUGCCUCUCUCACAGCCCUCGGACACACCAUGGGCCCAGAGGCGGGUUUGCAGCACAGCAGCGACGACGCAGGUGGCAGCCCCAGCGACUCUCAACUGCCCCCCUGACCACCGCGACCACCGCCUAGAACCCCGAAAAGCCAUCGCCACUAACGGCAAGUGACUCUAGGGCCCCCCCAGAUCAUCUUGGUGAUAAACUCUAGUUACGACAACAGCUAUGGCGGGCGAGGGGCGGAGGGCAGAGCCGGUGAUAGAAGGAUGGGGCUGGUACGUCACACCCAGGCCCCCGCUGCGGGAGGGAAGGCGCCGGCUCGCCCCUCAAAAUGGCGGCGGCAGUGACGCGCCAGCCUACGAAAUUCCUUCGCCGUCGCGCCACGCCCGGCGGGAAGUGAGGUUUUCGGAAGAUCCGCCGGAAGUGUACGAUGGCUUGGAGCCCCAGGUGUCCAAAGAAAAAUCCCCGAUGGGAAAACGAGUCCAGAUGGAAGAGUUCCGUCCCCAUUAUGGAAAAGAGGAAGUGAGAGAAAGCGCCUAUAACCUCCGGUCUCGGCAGCGGAGGCAGCCGCGACUCCAGGAAGCCGGCGAGAUGAAGACGCGAAGGGCUGUCCGCCUUGAGCAACAGCAUUCACAGCAGCCUUUGCUACAGCCAUCACCAGUUAUGACCCGGAGAGGGAUACGGGACUCUCAUUCCUCUGAAGAGAAUGAACCAUCUCCGCAAACUGUUUUAAGCCAAACAGUCUCAAAGAGAUCUAUGACGAAAACACUAGAGACUCCAGUGAUGAGUGAAGAUAUUUCAGUCAGCAGCCUGUGUAGACCCUCUCUAAGAAGUUCAAGAUCUGAUUCAGCAUACAAAACAAGUGGAAAUACUGAAAUGAGUGAAUUAGAAGCCACCAGUGUCCAACAGAAGAUCAAUUUCUCUGAAGAAGGGGACGCUGAAGAAUAUCGAGACAGCCCCACUAGCACCCUUCCUACUUUUAAGGUCAGCUUCACGGAUUCAGCUGCCUCUAGAGAUCAAACCAGCAGAUCAGGUCAACAUCCUGAAUUGCCUUGGCAGUCACCACAAAAGGGAGACGAAGGGAGAGAGAGAAACAUUGAUGCCAGAGAGAAGCAUCGAUCAGUUGAGCUCACACCUGGACUGGGGAUCGGGGAUCAAACCUGCAUCCUAGGUCGAGACUUCACAACUCUGGACAGGCAACAUUCAGGGCUGAGCUCGGGACAUCAAAAAGCCUCUCAGGAAUGGGUUGAACAACGCCCCCAAAUAAGGGCUAGGAUACAAAAUAACAGCAUUCAGAAAUCAAAGCUUGGAAACCAGUCUCCAUCACCCUUCAGCGAACACAUGACUAAACAACCCAAAAAUGCAUCCUUUGUCAAGAUGAAUUUGUGGCUAGCAGUUCUGCUUUUUCUUGUUGGAUGUUGGUGGUACAUUCACACUCCUGAGGUAGAAACUGCUGCUGUUCAAGAGUUCCAGAACCAGAUGAAACAACUCAUGAGUAAGUACCAAGGUCAAGAUGAGAAGCUGUGGAAAAGGAGCCUGACAUUCCUAGAAAAACAUCUCAAUAGCUCCCAGCCUCGGCCUCAGCCUGCCAUCUUGCUGCUCACUGCUGCCCGCGAUGCUGAAGAAGCCCUCAAGUGUCUGAGUGAACAAAUCGCUGACGCCUAUUCAUCCUACCGUAGUGUCCCCGCCAUCCGGAUUGAUGGGACAGGCAGAGCUACUCAGGACAGUGAUGUUGUGAAACUGGAGAUGGACCAGGAACUGAGCAACGGAUUCCAGAAUGGCCACAACGCAGCGGUGGUGCACCGUGUCGAGUCACUGCCGGCAGGCUCCACUUUGAUCUUCUAUAAAUAUUGUGACCAUGAAAAUGCAGCCUUCAAAGAUGUCGCCUUAGUCCUGACUGUCUUGCUGGAGGAGGAGACCCUAGGAACCAGUCUAAGCCUAAAAGAAAUUGAAGAAAAAGUGAGGGAUUUCCUCAAAGUCAAGUUCACCAACUCGAACACACCCAAUUCCUACAAACACAUGGACGUAGACAAGUUGAGUGGGCUCUGGAGCCGUAUUUCCCACCUAGUCCUGCCCGUGCAGCCUGAAAGCGCCCUGAGAAGGGGCAUCUGCUUGUAAGGGGUGAUAGAAGAGAAAUCAUGUCUCAAGUUCUGAGAAUUUUUCAGACUUUCUAACCAGGGACAGAAUUCAGAGCUCUUUGAAAGAACUGGUUUCUUUUUAAAGGAAGUUCCUGUGUAAACAUAGACCAUGUAAAUCAUUUGUCCAAGCUAUUACCUGUUAUUUGAGAGAAACGUUUCCCUGUUUCCACUGAGAUUUGUGUUACUGGUAUCUGAGAACUGGAAGUUAUGUGCAGUCCCGUAGAAGGUUGGUUUAGGUUCUAGGUUGAAUCAUUAUUGCAGUGGUAUGACCAGUAAGAAAGGCCAGAAAAUCCUUCCUACACAUCCUCCCAAUUUUUAAUUGUAGACUCUAUACAGUUUGUUGAGUUACUAGUAAGGCAGAUCCCUAAAUGUAACUGGGGGUUUUCCCAUUUUGUUUUAUUUUAUAUCACUUAGGUGUGAGUUCCUUAGUCAGCUUCUGCUUAUAGGAACAAUAAUGAAAGGUCAUCUGAGUGUGUGUUUGGGUUUGUUUGUUUUUUUCCUUUAUUUUUGGAGAGUGGGGAGGAGGAGGCAAAGGAAAAGAGAGAAUAUGUGAAAUGAGGAGGGACAAAUGGGGGAAAAGACAAGUCUUUAAGGUGAAAUAUUAAAAUAAGCCACAAAGACUUGGAUUAGUCAAACAUAGUUAUCUAAACUCCAUUCUCAGUGACUUCUGUUGGGAUUUGUUUUUCACAUAUUCUUUCUUUACCUCUUAAGAAAUUUUUGGUCCUCCCAGAGAUUUUGAGGCAUGUAUAUCACAGGGUUAAGUAAGCAUACUUGUUCAUUUUAACUGUUAAGGGCAGGUAAACUCUGAGCAGUUUUUUUGGUUAUGUUUUAAAGCUUUGUUUUGAACUAAGAAAUGUAGUUUCAGGGGGAGGGGGGAAAAGGAAUAUAGUUCAGGAAUUGGUAAGCCAUUUGUUGACCAGGUUUCCUGGGCUAUUAAAGGAUUUAAUUUUCUGUGUGUCCGCUAGUUACAGUCUAAAUCCUUUAGUGACACUCCUAGAACAAAUACUGUAUAAAGAUUUUUCUAUGCACUUGAUAAAUUUUAUUAAGAGUGCCUCAAGCCAAAAAGAAAGUGAACUUUACCAUAUAUGCAGAAUGUUAAAAUGUACUAUUAUACAUUACUGUACUAUGGAAUUUCAGUGGUAACUUUGCAUCUGUAAUAGCUUUCUCAUCUAUCAACUGCUUUGUGUUUUUUUUAGAAUCUUAAAAUUCUAACGUCACCUUGUUGUUUUAAUUAUCAACAAACCUUUAACUGAAAAUACUGUUCUUAGAAAUCUAGAGCCAGUUAUUGGCUUCACGAUUUACCUUUUGUGUAUCUCAUGACCAGUAGUAGAGUGUGCGGUCUUCUUCCCGCUAGUACCACCUGUAUUCAUAAAUUUAUACCCCUUAUUGUAAUUUGUUCCAGCCAGAAGUCAAAUGAUCUGAUUAAUAGAGGAUUCUAAAAUAAGAGUUUUUGAAGAGGCUUAUUUUAUAUCUAUAUAUUAUAUGGAGAAACAGAUGUUUUUAAUAAAUGUUUCACUGACCAAAAUAA